CCUCCCUCCCGCCCUCGUUCAAAGCCACACCCCCUCCUCCCUCCUCCCACGAUGACCGUCAGCAGUGUGAAUGUUCCCCCUUCGGUGCAGAUUCACCAGGAGACCGCCGCCGCCCUGACCGUGGGCCCUUGCGGUCGCAUGCAGGUGAAGCUCAUCAUCAAGGCUCGCUUCCUUCUGCCCAUCAUCCCCGAGGACACCCUUCACCAGCGCUUCUCGGUUGCCAUCAACACCGAGGGCACCAUCGUUGCCCUUGGCCCGUCGACCGACAUCGCUGCUGCCUUCAUUGCCGAGGAGAAUGUCGACCUGCUCAAGUCCGUCCUCCUGCCUGGCUUUGUCAAUGGCCACGCCCACGCCGGGAUGACCAACAUGCGCGGCUAUGCCGAGGAUCUCCCCCUGAGCGAGUGGCUGACCACGGCCGUGUGGCCGGCCGAGGGCCGCUGCGUGUCGCAUGCCUUUGUUCGUGAUGGCACUCAGCUUGCCAUUGCCGAGAUGCUUCGCAGCGGCACCACCUGCUUCAAUGAGAUGUACUUCUUCCCGGAGGCCACCUGCGAGGUGGUCGAUGAGACCGGCAUCCGGGCCGUUGUCGGCAUGACCAUCAUGGAUUUCCCCACCAACUACGCCAGCAACUAUGACGAGUAUGUUUCCAAGGGUCUGGAAGCGCACAAGCUGUACAACAGCCACCCGCGCAUCUCGUUCACCGUGUCCCCGCACGCGCCGUACACCGUCUGCGAUGAGAACCUCUCCAAGGCAUGGGACCUGGCCAAGGAACUGGAUAUCCCUUUCAACAUUCACCUGCAUGAGACUGCCGAUGAGGUGCUGCACUCCUCGGAGCCCGGCCAUGAGGGCUCUUCUUCUCGGCACCGGUCGUCGGAAUACUGCAGCCCUGUGGUCAACCUCGACCGCCUGGGCAUUAAGGGGCCUCGGCUGAUCGGUGCGCACAUGGUGCAUCUGUCCGACAGCGAGAUCGAGCUGCUGGCAAAGGAGAAGUCCAACACCAUCCAUUGCCCGGAGUCCAACCUAAAGCUGGCAUCCGGCUUUUCCCCCGUCCAGAAGCUCCUCAAUGCCGGCGUCAAUGUUGGCCUCGGCACUGACUCUUCCUGCUCGAACAAUGACCUGUCCAUGCUCGGGGAGAUCCGCACUGCCUCGCUGUUGGGCAAGGCAGUUCAUGGCUGCGCGGCCGCCAUGCCCGGUAUGACUGCCCUGAAGAUGGCCACCAUCAAUGGCGCCCGUGCCGUUGGUCUUGAUCAUUUGAUUGGCUCGAUCGAGCCCGGCAAGCAGGCUGACCUGGUGGCCAUCUCUGUGCGCGAUGGCACUGUGGAGAACAUCCCGAUGUUCAGCCUGUUCACCCACCUGACCUACUCGGUCGACCGGAGCCAGGUUAGUGAUGUGUGGGUCGCCGGCAAGCGGCUGAUGAGCGACCGGGAGCUGCUGACCAUCGACAUUGAGGCGGUCUACACCCGCGCCCAGUACUGGAAGCAUCAGCUCAUCUCCGGCACCGAUCAGGUCCUGCUCGAGUCGCCGUCCUGCCUUGAGGAGACUCGUCGGGCGAUUGCCUCGCUGAAGCUGGCCAAGAUCAGCACCCCGGAGUGCACCGACUAAAUGCCUCCCCCCCCCCCCCACCACCACCAACAAGGCACGCCACUUGUCAUGCGCCUUUUCCUCACAGGGUCGCAGGGCUUGUGCUCUCUCCCAUUUUGGGAUGCCCUGCCUCUCUUCUUGUUCCAUUCUUUCCUUGUGUUGCGCGCGUCAGCGUGGCCGUUCAUGAGCUGCCUUCCGCUUAGAUGAUGCCCGUGCCCUGAUGUCCGUGCGUAUGUGUAUCGCCACGUGCAUGGCACCCCCUCCCCCGCCCAUGUGUACAGGCUUCCAUCGUGGCCGUGGCACCCCCGCGCAUGGGCCUACAUCAUGUAGCACUGCCUUACUAGGCCGACAAUGUAUAGGCACAUGAAUAUAUAUAAAUAGAGACUCGCACACACACA